UUAAAGAUGGCUGCGCCCAUGUAAUCCCCGGCGCGGGUGUUGACCUCUUGCUACAAUUUGUCACCUGGGCCUUGUGGCGGCAGGCUAGGCACGAGGACCAUGCUGGGCCGGACCCUCCGAGAAGUUUCUGCAGCACUGAAACAAGGCCAAAUUACUCCAACAGAGCUCUGUCAAAAAUGUCUCUCUCUUAUCAAGAAGACCAAGUUUCUAAACGCUUACAUUACUGUAUCAGAAGAGGUGGCCUUAAAGCAAGCUGAAGAAUCAGAGAAAAGAUACAAGAAAGGUCGCUCACUUGGGGAUUUAGAUGGAAUUCCCAUUGCAGUAAAAGAUAACUUUAGCACAUCCGGCAUUGAGACAACUUGUGCCUCAAACAUGCUGAAAGGUUACGUACCACCUUAUAAUGCUACAGUUGUUCAGAAGUUGUUGGAUCAGGGAGCUGUCCUGAUGGGGAAAACCAAUUUAGAUGAGUUCGCAAUGGGGUCUGGAAGCACAGAUGGUGCAUUUGGACCAGUUAAAAACCCCUGGAGUUAUUCAAAACAAUACAGAGAAAAGAGGAAGCAGAAGCCCCACGGGGAGAAGGAGGAUUCAGACUGGCUUAUAACGGGAGGAAGCUCAGGAGGGAGUGCGGCGGCGGUAGCAGCAUUCACAUGCUUUGCGGCUUUAGGAUCAGAUACAGGAGGAUCGACCAGAAAUCCAGCUGCCCACUGUGGGGUUGUUGGUUUCAAACCAAGCUAUGGCUUAGUUUCUCGUCAUGGCCUCAUUCCCCUGGUGAAUUCAAUGGAUGUGCCAGGAAUCUUAACCAGAUGUGUGGACGAUGCAGCAAUUGUGCUGGGUAUGCUGGCCGGGCAUGACCCCAAAGAUUCUACCACAAUACAAGACCCUGUCAAACCAUUUACACUUCCCACUUUGACAGAUGUGAGCAAACUAUGUAUAGGAAUUCCGAAGGAAUAUCUUGCACCAGAAUUAUCAGGUGAAGUGCGAUCUUUUUGGUCCAAAGCCGCUAACCUCUUUGAGUCUGAGGGGGCCAAAGUAAUUGAAGUGUCCCUGCCUCACACCAGUUAUUCAAUUGUCUGCUACCAUGUAUUGUGUACAUCGGAAGUGGCAUCGAAUAUGGCAAGAUUUGAUGGGCUCGAAUAUGUCUUAGGAGAUAAAGAAGAGGAGCCACUAAGGACAGUCUCCCAAAAUGUUAAUAUUGGUCAGAAAUGUCAUAGGUGUGACAUCAAUGUGUCUACUGAAGCCAUGUAUGCUGCAACCAGGCGAGAAGGGUUUAAUGAUGUGGUGAGAGGAAGAAUUCUCGCGGGAAAUUUUUUCUUAUUAAAAGAAAACUAUGAGAAUUAUUUCAUUAAGGCACAGAAAGUGAGACGACUCAUUGCUAAUGAUUUUGUGAAGGUUUUUAACUCUGGAGUGGAUGUCUUGCUGACUCCCACCACCUUGCGGGGGGCAGCACCAUACCUGGAGUUCAUUAAAGAAGACAACAGGACACGAAGCGCCGAGGAUGACAUUUUUACACAGGCUGUCAAUAUGGCAGGAUUGCCUGCAGUGAGUGUCCCUGUGGCUCUCUCAAACCUGGGGUUGCCAAUAGGACUACAGUUUAUUGGACGUGCAUUUUGUGACCAGCAGCUCCUUAAAAUUGCCAAGUGGUUUGAAAAACAAGUACAGUUUCCUGUUAUUCAACUUCAAGAACUAAUGGAUGAUGGUUCAUCAAUCUCUGAAAUUGAAAAGUUAGCUUCUGUUUCUCUAAAACACUAGCGAUAAGUAUAGCACGCAAAUUAAAAUAACUUGAAGAUUUUAUAUUCGAGAGAAGUCCGAUGAUCCUGCUCAAUUCCUGUAAUUUGGUUCCUUGCCAACACAGUCGUUCAUUGGAAUCACCUUUUAAAACUCUUGUGAUACCGUUAAUUAUAAAUCACUAUCAGCAUCUAUGAGGUAUCCACUGAGUGUAAAGUACAGAAUUUUUACAUUAACACAGACACAUGUUCGUGGAAAGUGAGGCAUUCUGCAAAAAUGUUCAUCAAUAAGAACAGAGCUUAGAGUACAAGUAAGCUUAGGGAUAAGCCUCUCAGAACUUCCACAUCUUUGUAACCAAAGUGCUAAUAAAAGCUAUAAUUUGUGCCUCCAGAGAGAACGUGACCAGCCAGGCAGAUGGGCAAUUCUAACAUAGUGGAAGCUGCCUUGGGGGAUGUUAAAAAAGGCACAAAAACAAUAAAAUGGGAAUAUUUGCUUCUGAGUGCUGAGGAAGGAGGUAGAGGAGGUGCUCCGAGCGCUGGAGGAAGUGCGACGUGCUGGGCCCAGAGUCAUGCAAGACUGGGGUACGCCCCUCUGGGGACGAGCGCAGGUGCAGACGCUCUCGAUUGCUCUAAAUAUAGAGCUGCAGUGACUGAACACUUUCUCCUGUUUUGCUAACAUUGAAAAUGUGACUUCUGCCAUCGCAGGACCCCAUGCCAAGGAACUAGAACAACUCCAUGGAACUCAUUCUCCUAUUUACCAACCACAAAGUAACUCGCUGGUGUCACAGAAACUUUUGUUGUAACCUAAGAGUCCAUAUUGGACUUGAAACUUGGGAGGCAGUGGAGCAUGAUUUUAGUGAGAAAGUUUCAAGAUAGACAAGUAUACCCAGUUUGAAAAACUGGCAGAGAAUCUGGUGAGGAUGCCACAGCCUCCUUCCUCACCCGAGCUUUCUCUGUUACUUACAGUCUCCUUACCCUCUUAGUUUCUUUACAGAUGCCCUCUGUUUGGGUCCCUUGAGCCCAAAGGGACAGUAACGAGAAUCCAUAUUCAAUUUGAAAGAAAAUUCUAUGAAAACCAUUCAUUUCACUACUAUAAAGUUUCAUUAUUGGGCUUGUCUUUGCCAGAACACCCUUGUCAUCUCGUGUUGAUCAGGUCUUCGAAUUUGGCACUUACGUACUACCGAUAAUUGUAAGUGGGAAGGUGAAUUGUUAUUUAAUAAAUUCGCUUUGUUUAGUAAGGAAAAAGUCUUUUCUGAAUACAAGGUACACGCAGGAGAAGUCUAAGUGGCAGAACCUUCUGCAGGGCCACUGGAAUGUUGCAUGGUGGGAAGUUAGCUUGCCUGGUACUUUCUCAUUAACAGUUUUCUCUCCUCCCAGGAUCCUUCACUCCCAAAUGGUCUGACAAAGUUUAUAUAAAACCUUUCUGUGCCGGCCCCACCAGUUUUCUUAUGAAUCAUGACUCUGAAUCCCUGAAAGAGGAAGACAUUCACAAGAGAGAAUUGCGUUUUUUUGUGACAAGGGAAAACCAUCUUAGUUUGAAGGAGCUAAUAUGAUGUAUAAAGCAAA